AUGGUCCCAUCGAUUUGGACGAGCUUAGUUUGCCUGCUUAGCUUUAGCUACGCGGAACCAGAUGUCCUUUCUUCGCAGCAGCUGCGAAUAGGUCCAGGAACGAAAAGUUCCCUGCGCAAAGAUGGAGGUCUUCAACAGCCGUUCUACAGAUCUGCAAAUGGAUGGACAAAGCUUACUUACGACGAGGAUCCACUGGAGUUAGCAUUCAAGGUUGAUGGUCGCACGGCUCGAAUAGGUGGUGCUUCGCGAACAUUUUACAAUUCCACUUAUGCCGAAGUAUCUUCCAACCUCAUGGUUGAUGACGUUCCUCGUGUUUCACUGAAGCGAAUUUUCAGCUUCCCUGCCGAGUCGGUCUUCAGAUCUGAAUUCCGCUUGACAGCUUUGAGCUCCCUGUCCGGUGUGCAGUUGUGGAUGGGCACGUCAGAUGACUGGAUCGGCACGACCGACGAACCGACAAAAGAGCAAGGUGAAUUCCGCAUGGGCAGCUUCGCCUCUGCAGCGCAUGGAAAUGUGCUCCACGUGUUCUCCGGUGAGGAGGACGUCUUUUUCUUCUCGACUCAUCCUGAAAGCCGUGCCAUCAUCCUUGCUCACUACGGGCACUGGAGCGACGUAGUUGGCGUGACUGCGUCAGAGUUGCACUCGUCGCAGUCAGAUGGGGCAUAUGGAAUUUAUGUGCCGGUGGGGCCUUUUGCCCAUGGCGAAGCCAAGUCUGUGAGCAUCUAUUUCGCUGCAGCAGCUGGUCAGCGCUUAACGGAGCUCCUCCAUGAAACAGAGGCUGCACGUGACAAAGACAUUACUACAACGUCAACGACAACAACCACUACUGCAGCACCGCUUGUCCUGCAGACGCCUGCGCUGAGACUGGCUUUCCUGCCGGGAGGAGGUCUCGGGCAGCCGUUCUACAUGUCCAGCAGACGUGGUUGGACCAAGUUGACAUACAACAACCAAAACCUGGACUGCAGCGUGAAGGUGAAUGGCCACUUAACCGACAUGGGUGGCAAUGUUGCUCUGGACUUCAAGAACGCCAGCUACGCCCGAGCAAGUGGAGCGUUAUCACUGUCUGGGACGCCGCAGGUGCAGCUCACCAGAACGUAUAGCUUCCUUGGCAAUGGCCGGGUCUUGAAAGCCCACUUCCAGGUCGUGGCCUUGCAGGGCGUGUCCAACGUGCAGGUUUGGAUGGGAACUUCAGAUGACUGGAUCGGGACAUCGGAUCGGCCAACGAAGGUCCAAGGUGUCUUCCGCGGAGGCGAGUUCGUGCCAACUCCACACGGCCGCAUCUUGCGGGUCCACUCAGGCGAGGAGGAUGUCUUCGUGUAUUCGACUCAUCCCGACAGCCAUGCCAUCAUACUGUCCCACUAUGGCCAGUGGGAUGACGUGCUGGCUGCUACGCAAUCAGACCUCCACUCCUCGACUUCGGAUGGGGCCUAUGGCAUCUACGUGCCUCUGGGGAGAAUGGCUGCCGGGGAGAGCAAAUCUGCGAGUGUCUACUAUGCCGCGGCAGAUGCGGAUCGUUUAGCAGAGCUUCUCAGGGAUGCCAGUGUAGCUGCACAUGAAGAUGAUACCACCACGACCACGAGUACAACACCUCCUCCGGUGGCGCAUAUCUUGAAAUCGUCGACGUUGCAGUUUGCGCUGCUCGAAGAAGGAGGCCUGGGCGGACCUCUUUACCGUUCCGAGCUCAUGGGCUGGACGAAGUUGACCUACAACCAUCAGAACUUGGACUGCACUGUCAAGGUGAACGGUCGAGUGGUCGACUACAGCAGUGAUCCACGCGAAGUGUUCUUCAGCAACUCGAGCUACGCUACGUCUAUUUCGCGGUUGAAAUUGGAUGGAAGUGAAGUAGCAGUUCUGACGCGGGUUUACAGCUUCCUGGAAGAUGGCCUUGUCUUCCGAGCUCAAUUCACGGCUGUCGCACUGGCUGAGAUAUCAAGUCUGGAGGUGUGGAUGGGAACGUCUAAUGACUGGCUUGGGAGCACUGACCGACCCACCAAAGAACAAGGUGCCUUCCACGGCGAUGUCUUUACUCCCGUCCCACAGGCAUGCAUUCUACGUGUGCGCUCCAGAGAAGAGACGUUGUUCUUCUUUUCCAACCACCCUGACAGCCAUGCUCUCAUUGUCGAGCAGCCCGCGCGCUGGCAGGACGUGUAUGCCCUUACGUCGUCUUCAACAGAAGCAUCUGUGGCCGAUGGCGCUUAUGGGAUCUACGUGCCCUUUGGAAAAUUCGGGUUGGGCGAGACCAAAUCCGCGAGCUUCUUCUACGGAGCGACGGAGGCAGAUCGCCUGGUCGACCUCAUGCCCGCAACCGCAAGAGUUUUCCGAACUUAUCCCAUGAUGCCGAGCAGAAGCAACCUCUUGGUGCAAGACUACGAGCAGUGCACAGAAGGAUCAGCCAACUCAUCCGUGGAUUGCACAAAAGCAGAUUUUUGCUGGAAUCACAUGGCGGUCGUGCACAGUAACUGCCGAGUGCUUUAUGUAUCGACGAUGAGCAUCAGCGAGCUGAAGAAGUACAUUUGUGGGAAGUCAACGUGUGCUGCAGCUGCCAGGAUUGCUCAGAGAAAAUGCGGCCGAACCUAUGCGAUAGAUACGAGUUGGCUGGCACCGGUGUUUUUCUACUACGACAGAUAUUGCAGUGACGAAUUUCACGUAACAGACCUCGUGAACGACCAGAGCAGCUGCGAACUGUCGCUGCUGGACCGGCUGCAUGGCUUUUGUGAACGAGUGAUGAACUGCUACACAGAAGCCGGUGCUUUUGCGCGAAACUGCAGAUUGGAUCAAGCAACGAUGCAGGAGGUCCAAACAGUUGUUGAAAGCAAGGGUUGCGCAGAUGCGGCAGAGCACGUGCUCGAUUUAUGCGGAGAUUAUGAUAGUGUACGACGUACCACCACUGCGAUGAAGCAGUACCGGAGAUUCUUCCAGCAGUCCGGAGUGGCAGCGCUGCCCUCUCCGCCAGGUCUGACUCCGUGGCCGACAAACACGUCGCACUUCCUGACACCGGCCUACGAGCGCUGCACCAUGACUACAGACAUCACGGAGAGGAACAGUGAGGAAUGUAGCAAGGCCGUGCAUUGCCACAGCCUCCUCUCAGCAGCGACGACAGCUUGUGACGUGAUUUGGCUGCCGUCGAUCGGUGUCUCAUCGCUGGCUGACCAUGUCUGUGGCAGAUCCCUCUGCGGCUCUUUUGCGGUGCGUGUCGAGGCCGAGUGUGGCCACUUCCACCGGGCCAGAAGUGUCUUCGGCCCGGUGAUGUCCUACAGGCGCAAGUACUGCCCAGACUUGGGUCACACAGACAUGAUCAACGACCUCUUCGUGUGCAGACUGACGCCGAAGAACAGCAGCACCCGACCUCACUGUGCUCCUCAACGGCACAGUGGAUUGAGUGCCGUCAGCACAGAUCUCAAGGUUUGUCGGUUUGAUUACGAGCACCAGAGGUAG